GCCCGGCUGUGGGUCCGGCCGGCCAUGGGGGAGGCCCGCCCGGCCGCGGGGCCGGCUGCGGGGCUGGGGCCCAGGGAGGCGCAGGAGCCCGAGGAGGACGAGGCGGCGGCGCCGGGCGGCACACGGGGAUGCCGGGCCGGAGCCCGCGGCGGCAUCCGGGUGCUGAAGAGGAACGCGAAGCGCACCGGGAGCAGGAGCUGCCAGAGCAGGAGUCGGGUUGGCUCCCGUGAGAGGACCUGGCUGAAAGGGGACGUCGGACGAGGCUGCGUGUAUGUUUAUGGAAGAGACUCAGCAACUGCGGCUCCCUCGGACUUGCGCCUGGUCCUCUGUACAGUGGACACCCAAGCCUCGGAGAUCUGUGACGGAGAAGGGAGGAAAAACCUCUUUUUGCAGCUUCAUGGAGACCUGGUCAGGAGGCUGGAGCCCACAGAAAAACCCCUUCAGAUUGUGUAUGACUACUUGGCUCGGUUGGGUUUUGAUGAUCCUCUCAGAAUGCAGGAAGAGGCAGCAAGCUCUGAUCUCAGCUGUAUGAUUCGCUUUUACAGUGAAAAGCCAUGUCAGGUGGAACAGCUGGAUCGCAUCCUGCUCUCCGGAGUCUAUAACGUACGCAAAGGAAAGACGCAGCUGCACAAGUGGGCAGAGCGCUCCGUCACUCUCUGUGGCACGUGCCUCAUUGUGUCCUCCGUGAAGGACAGCCAUGCAGGGAAGAUGCACAUCUUGCCUCUCGUUGGAGGGAAGGUGGAAGAGAUGAAACGUCGGCAGUACACCCUUGCUUUCACAUCUGCUGGAGCGCAAGCUCAGACCUACCACGUUUCCUUUGAAACGCUGGCAGAGUGCCAGCGGUGGCACCGGCAGGCAUCCACGAUUGUGUCUAUGCGAUUUAGCAUGGUUGAUCUUUCAUGCUACAGCCUUGAGGAAGUACCAGAGCACCUCUUCUACAGUCAAGAUAUCACCUACCUCAACUUACGCCACAAUUUUAUGAGAACAAGUGGAGCAGGAAGUCUUGACUCUCUUUGCAGGUUUUCUCAGUUGAAGAGUCUGAACUUGUCUCAUAAUAGACUGGGAGAGUUUCCUGUAUCACUGUGUGACAUCUCUACUCUGACAGAGCUUAAUAUUUCCUGUAAUGGACUUCAUUACUUGCCAAGUCAGAUUGGCAAGCUGUUGAAUCUCCAGAGCUUCUGUCUUGAUGGCAAUUUCCUCACAUCCUUACCAGAAGAGAUGGGAAACCUGCAGCAGCUCAGCUGUCUUGGGCUUUCCUUCAAUAACUUCUGUGAACUGCCAGCAAUUUGUGAGAAACUUGUCACCUUAGACAAACUAGCCCUGGCAGGGAACUCGAUAGAGACCCUGGACCUGGCAGUGCUGAACCGCAUGGGUCACAUCAAAAGUGUGGACCUGAGGCUGAACAACUUGAAGAGAGCAUCAGCUGACACACUGGAGGGGAACAAAUCUUUGGCUUACAUGGAUUUACGAGACAAUCAGAUGACAGAUCUGGAUCUGAGCUCCUUGGUCAGCCUGGAGCAGCUGCACUGCGAGCGAAAUAAGCUGAGAGAGCUGACACUGAGCGGCUUCUCCCUUCGGGCCCUGUAUGCCAACAGCAACUGUCUGACAGCUGUCAAUAUUUAUCCGGUUCCUGGUCUACUGACAUGUCUAGAACUCUCUCACAAUCAACUACAGUGUGUCCCAGACUGGGCCUGUGAAGCAAAGAAACUGGAAGUUUUGGAUGUGAGCUACAAUCUACUCUUGGAGCUUCCAUCGAGGAUCCUCAGAAGCUUAAGUCUUCGGAAGUUGAUGGUGGGGCACAAUCAUCUGCAGAGCCUUCCACCUCUUCAAGAACACAUUCCACUGGAGGUGCUGGACCUUCAGCACAAUCUAUUGACUAAACUCCCAGAGACACUCUUUGUCAAAGCUCUGAACCUCAGGUACCUGAAUGCAUCUGCCAAUAGUCUGGAGUCCUUGCCCUCCACAUGUCCAGGGGAGGAGAGUUUGAGCAUGCUGCAGCUGCUAUACCUGACUAAUAACAACCUCACAGAUCAAUGCAUCCCUGUCUUGGUGGGACACCCAAACCUACGGAUCCUGCAUCUGGCAAACAACAACCUGCAGACUUUCCCUGCAAGCAAACUUAGUAAGCUGGAGCACUUGGAAGAACUGAAUCUGAGUGGAAACAAACUGAAAACAAUUCCUACAACCGUUGCAAACUGCAAGCUGCUUCAUACACUUAUUGCACACUCUAAUGAAAUCAGCAUUUUUCCAGAAAUCCUGCAUUUGCCCCGUAUUCAGUUUGUGGAUUUGAGCUGCAAUGAGUUAACUGAAAUCCUAAUCCCUGAGGCACUGCCAGGUGCCUUGCAAGAGCUGGAUCUGAGUGGAAACACAAACCUGGUGUUAGAACACAAGACACUGGAUAUCUUCAGUCACAUUAGCACACUGAAGAUUGAUGCUAAGCCCUCCCUCCCGGCAGACUCGGCACUCACUUCUGUCUUCUGGAGUCACGGAGUAGCUGAGAUGGCAGGCCAAAGAAAUAAGCUGUGUGUAUCAUCCCUGGCACUGGGGAGCUUUGCAGAGGGGGUAGAGGCUGUGUAUGGCAUGUUUGAUGGUGACAAGAAUGAAGAACUGCCACGUUUGCUGCAGUGCACCAUGGCUGAUGUGCUCCUGGAGGAGGUACAGCAGUCUGACACCAUGUUCAUGUCCAACACCUUCUUGGUCUCCCACAGGAAGCUGGGCAUGGCUGGGCAGAAGCUGGGUUCCUCUGCUGUCCUUUGCUACAUUCGUAAUGAGGUCGCUGAUCCAGCCAGCAACUUUUCUCUGACGGUGGCCAAUGUGGGGACGUGCCAAGCCGUUCUGUGCCGAAGCGGAAAAGCACUGCCUCUCUCCAAAGUCUUCAGUCUUGAACAAUGUUCAGAAGAAGCCAGGAGAGUCAAGGAACAAAAAGCCAUUAUAACAGAGGACAAUAAAGUCAAUGGUGUGACUUGCUGUACUCGGAUGCUGGGCUGCACGUACCUGCAUCCUUGGAUCCUGCCCAAACCACAUGUCUAUUCCAUUCCACUGACUGUACAAGAUGAGUUGCUACUUCUAGGGAACAAAGCUCUCUGGGAACACCUUUCUUAUGCAGAAGCUGUCUCAGCUGUGCGGCACCUACACGACCCACUAGCUGCUGCAAAGAAACUCUGCACUUUAGCACAAAGCUAUGGUUGCCAAGACAAUGUUGGUGCAAUGGUGGUAUGUCUGAACAUCAGUGAGGACAACUGCACGUGUGAGAUGCACGGCCUCACUCUGACAGGCCCUGGGGGAUUUAGUUCUACCACCACCAAACCAGCAACACCUUCAUGUAGCAGUGGAAUUGCUUCAGAGUUCAGCAGUGAACUGUCUGCUUCUGAGGUUAGCAGUGAGGUGGGCUCUACUGCAUCAGAUGAACACAGUGCUGUUGGUCUUGAUGGCAGCUUGCUACCACGACAAGAACGACGUUGCAGCCUACAUCCUGUGCCCCCCUCAAGCAUCUUUCAGCGCCAACCUUCCAGUGCCACCUUCUCUAGCAACCAGUCUGACAAUGGUCUAGAUAGUGAUGAUGAGCAGCCUGUGGAAGGUGUGAUGACAAAUGGCAGUAAAGUGGAGGUAGAGGUGGACAUCCAUUGCUGUAAAGGAAAGGGUCUGGAAUUAGAACAUCCUGCUGCAGAGUACAGCUCUUCUACUCCAGGGCCAGAGGAUGACUCUGGGCUUGUACUCAUCAUUCGCAGGCAGAACAGUGUAAACAGCAACACUGUGCAGAGAGGGGUUAAGGAGAAGUGUGAACUCCAAAAAUCUCUUUCCACAUGUUGUCUUUAUGGAAAGAAGCUUUCCAAUGGCUCCAUAGUGCCCUUGGAGGAGAGCCUCAACCUCAUCGAAGUAGCGACAGAGGCACCCAAGAAGAAGACAGGCUAUUUUGCUGCUCCAUCCCAGAUGGAGCCAGAAGAUCAAUUUGUGGUGCCACAUGAUCUGGAAGAGGAAGUGAAGGAACAAAUGAAGCAGCACCAGGAGGAUAGAGGAGAUCAGGAGCUGAAAGAAGAACAUGCAGCAUCCCUGCCAGAGGAGUUUGACACAGCUUUGUAACCCUAUGAGUACUAUUCCCACAUUAUCUGUCCCAGAAAGCUCUGUUUAAUAAGGGCUGUCAUGCCCUCUGAGGGAGCUGGGAUCUGCAAGGAGUACAGACACCUGCUGCUUCCUUAAUGGAGUUGAGGAAGAAUCAGGAAGGCCAACGUCUGGGCUGCCCACUCAACCACUGUAGCAUCUCAGCUGUUCUAUGAGCACACAGAUCAGCAGCUGAGCUCUGUGUUAGGGACUGUCUGGUAAGUCCUUGAACCCUGAGGUUCUGCCAGCUCUGCCAGAAAGGGGCUGGUGUGUGUGGGGGGGUGAGGAGGCUGCUGAGGGAGAAAUGCUCAGUGUUUAGAGUCCUGUGAAUAUUUCUGAUGCAGUGUCCCACCCUCCCCCCCAGCAUCUGACUUUGUUAUUCCUUGAAAGAAUACAGACAGUUGCAAUGAAGCUGACCUGAGAAUGGUUUCCUACAUUAAUUGCAAGCACUUUUAUUUAUUGCACUUAAACUGUUCUUUUCCCUUUCAGCCCAGCACUUUAUUAUUUAGGGUUAGGGGAGAAAGGACUCUGCAGCAGGUAUGCUGUGAACUUUUCCCAAUGGAUGUUCUUAGGACAGUGGAGGACUCAGGGUACCAGUGUUGUGAUGAGCACUGGUGUAGGGGAGAGUGAAGGUUAUGGUGGGAUCAUUCUGUGCAGGAUGAGAAAAUACAUAGCUGAGUGAUAAGCAGGUGCCAAACAAUUCAUUUUAUAUGGAGCACAGGAAAGAUCAGCUCAGGACUGGUUGAUUAAGGCAACAUGUAGAUCUAGUGGUUCUAGCUGCAGAGCACAGACCCACCUCAGCAGCAGCCUGGCCACCUUCAUCAUGGAUGCUUCACAGCAGAGGCUUCCUCUACAGAAGACAUGGGAUAAAGCCAGGAGCUUGUGCUUGUCUCAGUGCUCAGCCAGAAGAGCCAAGCUGUAAACAGUGGUGUGCUGCUCUAAGACUGGCAGAAGCAUCCAGUGCUGUUUUCCAUCAGCAUAAACCUGUGCAUUGUCAGUUGCAGUGUCUUUGCUUGCCUCUGGAAGCAGGAAUCAUAUUCCAAAUACACAGCAACCAGCAUUUCAUGGUACGUGCCCAAUUUGGCCACAAACAAGGUGAAACUUGUUCCUGCUUAGCCUUCAGCACAAAAGCAAAAAUUAAACUUUUCAUCUUAUUAACAUUUUUAUCAGCACUGAAAAAGAUGUUUAAAACAGUCCCACUAAUGAUGAACUGGCUAGUCUGCACUCAGAGGCCUUGUGUUUCCGUUAGGAUUUUUGGUACAAGGUGUAAGUUGGCUGCUCAUGUCGUCAUCUUGUAUAAGAGUUGUGGAGAGCACUGCCUCUGUAGCAUGCAGAUUUGUCUUCCUUUCUGACAGAGCUGGAUAGCAGGUGUCCUUGUCAUGUCAGUGGUGGUGCAAUAAUCCUUACUGUGAUGUGGGCUAGUGCCUUUUCUUCAUUAAUUAUAUAUUUAUGAAGAAAACUUAAACAUUUCUUCUGAAGAGAUUUGUAAGGCUUGAGUUGUCUAUUUUUGGAUCAAAUUUGGGCCUUGCUCAGAAGGAAAUACUGUGCAGACUAUUUGUGGAAUUCUGUCAAUAUAGAUCUUUUCACAAAAUCUAAUGGAGUUUUACUGAGAUUUCAGAGCACCUUGAAUUUCUUAUCACUAGGAAGAAAAGGUAUUUCUAUCAUGCAUGAGGAGGAACAUUUUAGGAUAUACUCUGUGCUAGCUGCAGUGUAAUCAUGAAAGAACCCAAAUUUUUGCAAAGUUUAAACUCUCACAAUUUUGGUUGUUUAAAUGCCUAUUUCAUUUGGAACUGGAGGUUGAAGCUAAUUCUUAAAAUCACAGGAACAACAGUAUUUGAAUCCUUUAGGCAGAGGAAAAGCAGCAGAAAAGAUUCAGAUGCUAAACACCAAAACUCUUUCAUGUUAUCAUCCUAUAAGUAUGCAGGAGAAGUUCAUCCCAAAUGUUUUCAA